AUGAGUACUGCCUACCCCGAAGGUGAGGUUUUCUUCGUUCGUAACUCUCUGAGCCACGUAUAUUACGAUCCAACCAGAGCAGAAGACUUCUACGGGUACUUCAUGUUGGAGAUAAUUGUAAAUGAUCUUGCCGAACAUCCCGGCAUGGCGUCUGGUACUGUACACCAGCAUCCGCAUUCUGUUCAAAUAAAACAAAUUUCCAAGUCAGGACCACUCACCUUUACUUAUAAAUGGUGGGAUCGGUUCGUUAUUGGAUAUGGCAAAAAGGGUAACAUACGGCGUGGCCGGUCCUGGAACUAUGGUGGAAAGCUCGAGGAUUUUAGGGAGCAUGUGGUCCAGGGUGGGCCCGCAAGGGUCUUUGUUUGGAUGGUCCCAAUGCCAACAUCACAAGAGCAAUGGGUGUGGCUUCAUUUACUCAUGCCGAUUCGCGCGGUCUACUUUCCAGUCUCCCAACAGACUGAUGAAGCCUUUCCUGAACUUUGCACGUUCCUCCAGAUCAAUUUUUACAGUCAGGGAACUCGACCAGUUUGGCGUGAAAACUUUGGAUCCUUUCUAGACCAUCCUUUCUCUCGCGAUAAGGGUAUAGGAUUCCAUCACGACCACACCUUGGGGAUCAAUGUGCCUGAGGUGAUGGCGCUCCUGUCUAUUCCCAGACAGCUUCGUGCAACUGACAUUUGGAGCGCGAAGCUUGUUGUGAUUGAUCAGGUUGGUUCUGGGGCCGACCAAAUGAUACGCGUGUCCCCUUGGGCGGCGAUUGACUAUGUGACCCUGGUCAACGCCAGUCAUGCUGUCCAGUUAGUGUGGCGGCCUUUGCCGCCUCCAAGGCAAAGCAACCCUUUUAUUUUUAAUCUCAUCAAGGGGAUUCUUGCGGUUUCACUUUCUGUUGUACCCGUUAUUGGACCCGCCCUUUCAGCUGCAUUCGCCAUUGGUUUCUCGAUUAUCAGUGAUAAAGAUAAUGCCAAGAGAUAUCUUGAGUCUGCUGCCUGGACUGGCGAUGUGAUCGACGCUAUCAUCGGCAGCGGACUGAAUCUCAAGAAAUAUAUUGACCCGGGCUGGAGCGGGGUUACCUUACUUCCUCCCCAAGCUGCAAGAUCCCACGAUCCCAGUGCUGACGAACCAGAACCAGAGCUAACCCCACCAGUGGAUUUGAGUAAAGUUCCCCCACAUCCUCUUCUUCUGGAGGGCCUACGCGCCCUCCUCGACCAUGAAGGGAGGAAUCCGCUAGUUGGCAAAGAUGCAUCUCUCUCCCCACAUAAUUCAUCUCUUGAGAGGGCCGUCAGAACGGGCCUCAUGUCUCUCAUAGACGCACUGAAAAUUGAGAGUGUUCUGGACCAGCAAUCCGAGGCUGAGGUUGAACAAGUGGAAUUACGGAAAGUGGAUACGCGAGAAGUGGAAUUCACCGAAGGAAAUAAAACAGAGUGAGGACGAGUGAGGACAUGCAAGGUAAGACGUGGAACGAAUGAAGAACUUCUGAACUGAAUAUCACGAGAUAUGCAAUCUCGAUCUGUUGUGAUUUCAGGGGGAAGAAAGUAG